AUGUCCAGUGAUCAGCAGAGGUCCGAUGAGGAGAGCCCCAGCACCAGCAGUGGUAGUUCAGAUGCGGACCAGCGAGACCCAGCCGCUCCAGAGCCUGAAGAACAAGAAGAAAGAAAACCUUCUGCCACCCAGCAGAAGAAAAACACCAAACUCUCUAGCAAAACCACUGCUAAGUUAUCCACUAGUGCUAAAAGAAUUCAGAAGGAGCUAGCUGAAAUAACCCUUGAUCCUCCUCCUAACUGCAGUGCUGGGCCUAAAGGAGAUAACAUUUAUGAAUGGAGAUCGACUAUACUUGGUCCACCGGGUUCUGUAUAUGAAGGUGGUGUGUUUUUUCUGGAUAUCACGUUUUCAUCCAAGUAUCCAUUUAAACCACCAAAGGUUACUUUCCGCACCAGGAUCUAUCACUGCAACAUCAAUAGUCAGGGAGUCAUCUGCCUGGACAUCCUUAAAGACAACUGGAGUCCUGCUUUGACUAUUUCAAAGGUUUUGCUGUCAAUUCAUUCUCUUUUGACAGACUGCAACCCUGUGGAUCCUCUGGUUGGAAGCAUAGCCACUCAGUAUUUGACCAACAGAGCAGAACAUGACAAGAUAGCCAGACAGUGGACCAAGCGAUACGCAGCAUAAUUCACAUAAUGUGUAUGCAAAGUGAAGGAGCAGAAGGCAUCUUCUCACUGUGCUGCAAAUCUUUAUAGCCUUUACAAUACAGACUUCUGUGUAUAUGUUAUACUGAUUCUACUCUCUGUUUUCAUCCUUUGGAGACUGGGAGACUCCCCAAAAAGGUAAAUGCUAUCAAGAGUAGAACUUUGUAGCUGUAGAUUAGUUAUGUUUAAAAUGCCUACUUGCAAGUCUUGCUUCUUUGGGAUAUCAAAAUGUAUUUUGUGAUGUACUAAGGAUACUGGUCCUGAAGUCU